AUGGACGCAUCCUCCAAGGAUGCUCUUCCAAAAAAUCCCAGUCUGGACUCAUUUGAUCCCAAAAUCCGCGUCCCCAUCGUCAGGAGGGGGAAGGCAGCGCCCGAGCCCGGGGGAGCCGAGCCCCGGCCGAAGGGCGUGGACCGUGCCAGGCGCUCCAAUCAGCCCCGGGAGGUUUGGCCCGGCCGGAUAAAUGCGGGCCCGGGCCGGAUAAAGGCGGCGAGCCCCGGGCAGGAGCGGCCGGAGCCGGGCAGGAGCGGCCGGGACGCGGCAGAGCUCGGCCCGCACCCCCCGGCCAUGAGCGGCUCCCCCGGGCCAGCCCCGCGGGCCCAGCCCGGCCCCGCACGGCCCCGCAGCUCCUUCCUCAUCCAGGACAUCCUCUGGGAGCCCGAGCCAGCCCCGGGCAGCGGGAACGCGGAGCUGGGAGCGGCCAGCGAGGAGAGCGGCGCGGGCAGCGCGGCCACGGGAGCGCCCCCCGAGGGUCCCCAGCGCCCCGGAGCCCCGGGGACAGCGACGGGAGCCGAGCCAGAGGCGCCGCUGGAGCCGUUCCUGCCCGAGCGCGGCCCCGCCGCGGCCCCGCCGCCCCCCAGGCCGGGCAAACGCUCCCGAGCCGCCUUUUCCCACAGCCAGGUGAUCGAACUGGAGCGCAAAUUCAGCCACCAGAGAUACCUGUCAGCCCCGGAGAGAGCGCACCUGGCCCGGCACCUGCAGCUCACCGAGACCCAGGUCAAGAUCUGGUUCCAGAACAGGAGGUACAAGACCAAGAGGAAACAGGUGGUGGCCGGGAUCAGCCGCUCGGACUCGCGCCAGGAAGCGCCAGAAUUCCCGGGAAUGUCGCUGCUGGCGCUCAGGGGCGCCUGGCCCUACCUGCCCUGCCUGUACUACGUCAAUUCCUGGAGCCCCUCCUGGUAG